AUGGUCUCUUUUCCCAAGGAGAAUGGAGCCGACUUUCGGGAGAACGAUGGCAAGGAGAUGAGGGAUCGACCUCCUGAGAAAGUAUUCGCCGCCCUUCAGCGGGACAGAGAGGAGGGUGAUGUUCGAUUCUCUCAGACGCUCUCGGCGCUACCAAGAAACUCAGGCCCGGGUGUGUUCACGUCCAUUCUGGCAAAGCUUGCCCGCGAGCGGCGCUGGUGGGACGUUGAUGCGGUCUUUGCAGAAAUGUCGGCUCGCAGUAUCAGGCCAAACCGCAUCCAUCUGAAUGCGGCCAUCAACGUCUUUGCGAAAGCGAGGAGGCCGCAGAAAGCGGAGGAAUGGCUGAUUUGGAUGCAGGACAAUGAUGUGAAGCCCAACGAGGUCAGCUACAACAGCGUCAUCAAUGCUUGUGCACAAACUGGCUAUGUUGAGCGCGCCGAGAUGUGGCUUGGGCGCAUGCUGGAAGCUGGCAUUCAGGCAAACGAGGUCAGCUACAACAGCGUCAUCAACGCUUGCGCGCAGAAGGGCCGCGUGUCACGUGCGGAAGUGUGGCUGGAAAGGAUGCUGGCUGCUGGAGUCAAGACUGAUGCCUUCAGCUACAACAGCGUCAUCAACGCUUGUGCUCAACGACGCGACAUUGAGCGGGCUGAGACAUGGCUGGAGAAGAUGCUCAGCGAGGGCAUCCAGGCAGAUGAAGUAAGCUACAGCAGUGUCAUCAAGGCCUGUGUGCAGAAGGGUGAGUUGGACCUCGCUGGCUACUGGCUCGAAAGAAUGGCUGCAGCCGGAUUACAAGCCAACGAGGUGACCUACAACACCGUCGCAGGAGCCUGUCUUGCUGCUGGUGACAAGGAGCGCCUUGAGAGAUGGCGAAAGCUGAUGAGAUUGGAGGAGCCGUCUGUGGGCCGCACUCCCUUGCAGAAGCCAUCCCGGCCCUCUGCCUGUACCACUCGGAACUUAGACGAGGUGGACAAGGACAUCCUCAGUGACACCCUGCCAAAGAAGCCGGAUGACCUUGCGCGCCGUCGUCGCACCGAGCGACGUCGUGAGGAUGGAGGUGCACCGCUGUCUCGAAAGUCUCCUUCCCGAAAUGCAACGAGUUCGCAGGUUUCAAACACGGACCAGUCUCAGACCUGGAUGUGGGCAAGGACACACUGGCUUGAGGUGCUGCUGCAGCUAGUGCUGGCCGUCGUCACCUCAGGAGAACAUUCUCAAUCACUUGCGCUGUGCCACAGGUCUGGUCUGACUACGCAAUCCAGUCUACGAAGUCUUAGAUCUUGGCUGUCGGAGCUUGUUGCCACAGAGUCUGUCUAUUUAGGGUUCGAGGAGCGCUUGCAGAAGAUUCGCAAAGACAGGAACGAAGACAGCGAGCAAGUCCCCUUCAGCUACAUGAAGCAGGCGCACCUUGCCUACUUGCCGGAGAGACCCAUCAAGAUUGUGGAGUUCUGCUGUGAGUUGCCGUCCAUACCUCGCUCGACUGACAGUGUCAUCACAUCCCUCCAGGGCCGGCUGCUGGGUGGGUGCGACACUGCCAUUGCCAUAAAGGCGCCACCUCCGGCUGGCACCACACGGACCGGCUUCAGCUCCCUCCAAUACUUCGGAGCAAAGUGGGAUCUCCAGGAGUACUACGACGAGGUCGCUGGAGUCUGCGUCUCUGUCUGCGAAUCCGGGCCUGGUGACUCCGGCCGUAGGAAGGCGACCCGGAUAACUUCAAGACGUGCCCCUCUUCAUCUUGAAGCACUUUCUUGUCAGAUUGUACUCAGCUUGUCGUUUGUGAGCUGUUCAGUGCCUUGA